UUUUGGACAUUAGUUCAUUAGUGCUCGCUUGCUUUAUUGUCAGCAAACGAACUUUGAGCUCAUCGGCAGUGCUCAUGUUCAAGAGAAUCGUCUAGCAACGGAAUAGCUGUUUGCAUUGCAGAACAUUUUGAGGAAAAAUGUCAAAGCAAAAUGGAUUUCACGUCGUCACCCCACUUCUCGAGAGCACGGCAAUGUCUAAGCGGAUGGGGAGCACCGUGUAUCUGAAGAUGGAGAGCUCACAACCCGCCGGUUCCUUCAAAAUCCGUGGAAUAGGAUACAUGUGUCAAAAUGUUGCAAGCUCAAAUAAGUCUAGAGGUGUAAUUUGUUCUUCUGGUGGUAAUGCUGGAAUGGCCACAGCAUAUGCAGCAAGAAAACUCAACCUACCAGCCACUAUUGUCUUGCCAUUAUCGACGCCUGAACUGGUAGCUCAAAAACUUAAAGACCAGGGAGCCACGGUCAAAGCUGUGGGCAAGGUAUGGGAUGACGCAAAUGCAGAGGCCCUACGAUUGGCUGAAAGUGAAGGUCUUACUGUGAUACACCCGUUUAACCAACCUCUGGUCUGGAAAGGACAUUCCAGCAUCGUGCAUGAACUCAAGGCCUCACUACCAUCCAGACCUGGACUUAUAGUGCUGUCUGUAGGUGGUGGAGGUCUGUUUUGUGGGGUGAUACAGGGCCUGGAUGAGGUGGGCUGGGCUGAUGUGCCUGUCUUGUGUAUGGAGACCAAAGGUGCUGAUUGUUUCAAUGUUGCCCUCAAAGCCAAAAAUCUAGUUACCCUGCCUGACAUUACAAGUCAAGCGGUAUGUUUGGGAGCAAAAACGGCAUGCCAGCAAGCGUUUGAGUACGGCAAACGGCCCACUGUCAUUUCAGAGGUGGUGACAGACCUGCAGGCCCUGGAGGCGAUGGAACUGUUCCUGGAUGAGGAGCGUGUGUUGGUGGAGCUGGCCUGCGGAGCUUCAUUGGCUGCAGUGUACAGCGGUGUUGUCAACAGGCUCCAGGAUGAGGGACGUCUUCCUAAACCUCUUGGCCCGCUUGUAAUGAUCGUGUGUGGUGGCGGCAGUAUGAACAUGGCUCAGCUACAGCAUCUACAGGCAGUCAUACGCAAAUAAACACACCGGUAGAUUCUAGCACCUGUGGAGAAAUGGUCUGUGCAGCAUUUAAUUUGAGUAACACAGAAAUCGUUGUGUUGGGUAAAGCAUAAAAUGAACUGAAUAAACUACUGUAGUGUUGUUGCGAUACUGGAAUUUCAAACUUUGAUAUGAUAUCUUGAAAAAUACUGAUAUUCAAUACCAUUUUUGAUACUGUGGGGAACAAAUUUUGCAAUAUUAAAAAUAUGCAAAUGAAGUAAAAAAAAAAAUAAAUCCAUAAACAAACAUAUUAUGCUUACACCAGGUACCACAGCAGUCUUUAAGUUCAAAAGGCAAUAAAUUAUAUUUAAAAAAAUAAAUGAAUUAGUGCAAUCUCAUCUUAUUUUGAUUAAACAAAAGUGUUAAAAUUGUAAUUUUACACUACCUGACAAAAGUCUUGUUGCCUAUCUAAGUUUUAGGAACAACAAAUAAUAACUUGACGUCUAGUUGAUCAUUUGAUAUCAGAAGUGGCUUAUAUGAAAGGUAAAGGCCUCUAGAUUACGCUUAUUUUACCAAAAUAAAAUAUGAUCAUGCCUUGAUUUUUAAUUAUUUAAAUAGGACAGUAAGGUCUGACUUUGCUUAGAAUUCUUGUGACUUAACAGAAAUAAUGUACAGUAUAGAAUAUAAAGUCAUGGUGCAGUGGAAAAAGAAUUAAUAUUGUGUAUGACUCCCAUGAGCGACUGCAUCCUUACAUCUCUGCAAUGACUCUUUAAUUAUUAUUAAAAACAUCUGGAAUGGCAAUAAAAGCUUUCUUGCAGGACUCCCAGAGUUCACCAAGAUUAUUUGGAUUCAUCUUCAAUGCCUCCUCAAUCUUAGCCCAGACAUGCUCAAUAAUGUUCAUGUCUGGUGACUGAGUUGGCCAAUCCUAGAAUACCUUGAUCUUCUUUGCUUUCAGGAACUUUGAUGUGGAGACUGAAGUAAGAGAAGGAAGCGCUAUCCUGCUGAAGAAUUUGCCCUCUCCUGUGGUUUGUAAUGUAAUGGGCAGCACAAAUGUCAUGAUACCUCAGGCUGUUGAUGUAGCCAUCCACUCGCACAAUACUCAAUGUAACCCCAAACCAUCAUUUGUCGUUCACCAAAAUUGACUGAUUUCUGUGACAAUCUUGCGUCCUUGUGGGUUCCAAUAGGUCUUGUGCAGUAUUUGUUACAGUUCAAUAGAUGAUUCAUCAGGAAAAUCUACCUUCUGCCACUUUUCCAAAUGAUCAACUAGAAAUCAAGUUAUUAUUUGUUGCUCUUACAACUGAGAUUGACAACAAGAAUUUUGUCAGGUAGUUUAUUAUUAAUUACUAAUCUCUCUUCUGGUGAGAAAAGAGAGUGCAAGAGAGCAAAGCCAGUAUCGAUACAAACCAAAAACAAGAUUUUAUCAUUUAAAAUAUUUCAGUAUUGAUAUUUAGUGACAUAUAGAUUUUUUCACAGCAAUCUACUGUAUUUCAAACAGAGCAAACUGUCCAAAAGAGUCUGUUUUAAACAACAAGUAAAAAAAUAUAGUAAUUAUUUGGAUAUCCUGUGAAUGAUUUGCUUUAGUGAAAUGUGGUUUGUUUAUUAAAAUCUUUGAAUGGAUGAUCUCAGAAUGUUGUCACUUACUAUCUGUAACCAGCGAGUGGCGCUAAUGUCUGUCAUUUUGAUAUUUGAACACUACAGCACGUCAACCAUGAGUAUGAUCAGCGAUUCUUUUCCUGCAGUGUAAAUGAAGCAUAAUUCAACUCUAAAUAUAUGUUUAUGUUGA